CUCUGCCAAAAAAAAAAAAAAAGGGUUUUGCUUGCUUUCUUCUCCUCCUCCUUCUCCUUCUCUUUCAGAGCUCCAAAGCCACAACUCAGAAGAGAACUCCACAGACGGAGCGAACCUCUCCCUCCCUCCCUCUCUCCCUCUCUCUCUAACCCUCACCUCCUCCCCUGCAAUCCCUCAAUCAGCCGCCGCCCCUUUCGAUUCCGUCGCUGGAUUCCCGCGACCGAGCGCCUCCGUGGCUCCCUGCUUAUAACUGUUCCCCCGCCAUUCAUCCGCCGGCGAGCUGCCAUCGGACUUUGGCCGUAGGGCGCUGCAAUUCGCAUUUGGUCUCGAUCCUUCUUCAACAUCCCGUUCAUACGAGUGGUGAACUUAUUCAAGGGAAUCAAAUUUAAUUUAUUGCAACAUCUUCAUUAUUAGAGUUUGGAUGCGAAAAGUCUCUAGAUAUUUGACAUUCCAUCUACUGGACAAGAUCCAAUGGUGCUGAAAAUUUCUUCUCCAAAGUCAGGAAAUCUAUCAGCGUCUGACUACGCAAGCGAUCCUGAAAAGGAAAUUAGUGAUGACGACGACGACGAUCGCAACCACAAGCAUCGUCGGCGAGAGACACGUUCUCAGUCUUCCGAUAAAGAUGCUGUAGAAAACAUUUCUGCAAGGCCAUAUAGAAAGCAGAAUAGAUCUUUUGAAAAUGGACAUGCUUUUAGGGAAAGUGGAUCUCAGACUAGUCAAUCAUGGAAUAAUUCUGCGCCUUCUGAGAAACAUUUCCCCGGGAAGUUUGGAAAAAGACCUUUCGAAUCAAACCAGAGAAAUAGGGCAAACCAAACAUAUUUGGGAGAAGUCGGUGUCGGUAGGGGAAGAGGAAGGGACUCUGGUGCUUGGAACCAUCGCAAUAAUAGAUUUAAAUCUCUGGAUCUCGCUUCUCAAAUGGUCCCAAGAGGAACCAUUCCCCCGGGCUUGUUCCCAGAAAGGGGGCUGCCAAGCAUUCCCAAUGCUCAGGGUGCAUCCUGGGGUGGUUAUGGGUUAAUUCCAAGUGGUGGUAUUGAUGCCAUACACUCCAUUGGUUUGCAGGGUGCAUUUAGACCUGCGAUUAGCUCUUCUCUGGGCAUCCCUCGACAGCGAUGUAGGGAUUUUGAGGAGCGCGGAUUUUGUUUGAGAGGGGACAUGUGCCCUAUGGAGCAUGGGAUCAAUCGCAUAGUUGUUGAAGAUGUUCAGAGCCUAUCACAAUUCAACCUUCCUGUAUCACUUUCAAGUGGAUCCAUACUGGGAGCACCUGCCAUUCCUGGACCUCUUCCUUCUGUUGGUGCAGCCUCAACUUCAAUGUUGAAUAGCAAAGGAACACACAGCAGAAAUGGUAAACAUGGAGUGGCUGACGAUGUGGUUUUCAAAUCAGCAUAUUCCGAGCCUGCUAAUGCUGCUGGAGCUGAUCUCUAUGAUCCUGAUCAACCGCUGUGGAAUAAUAAUGGUCCAGAAACAUCAUCUGCUCUCGUUGCUCUACGCUCGUCCCCAGUUGAUGAAGCUGUAUCCUUGUCUAAUGGUGAUGCUUCCGAAAACCAGAUGAAUGAAGCUGCUGCUUUUGAAAGGCAAGACAGAACUGCUCUUCCUGUUGGUUCGCAGAGCACAAGUUCAUCUAUCUGGGGAAGAAUUGGAAGUUCGAAAGGGAAAACUUCAAUGAGAAUGGGUACUUCAGAUAAUGGUCGAAAUGAGGUUGCAGGAAAUCAGGAGGCUUUAGGCAACGGUCCAGGCAAUUCCAACCGUGGAAAGAAGGUUAUGGCUGAGGAUGCCGACCCUAAAGCUCUAGAUUCAUCCAGGGCACAAAGUGAUACCAUGCGCUUGACGAGAAAGCCAACUCAAAAGGCAUUGCGUACUUUAUUUGUCAAUGGCAUUCCGCAAAAGAACAAUAGAAGGGAUGCUCUUCUUGCUCACUUUCAGAAAUUCGGGAAGGUUAUUGACAUUUACAUUCCAACAAACAGUGAACGGGCUUUUGUUCAGUUCUCAAAGAGGGAGGAGGCAGAAGCUGCUCUAAAGGCACCUGAUGCUGUGAUGGGUAAUCGCUUCAUCAAACUUUGGUGGGCUAAUCGUGAUAGUAUAGUGGAUGAUGGAAUAAAUGGUGUUGCUGGUGUAUCUUCAACUCCCCGUGGUGCAACUUCUAGUUCAAUUCCAACUGCUUUGUCUAUUCCCAGUAGAGGGAAAGACAAUAUCCAGCCUGCUGCUCCAAAGGCUGGUGAUGUUCCAUCACGCGAUACUUCUGCUUCUCAUGGCGACCAAUCUAAAUUGCCUGCUGCUAGUAGCCCAAAGGUUCCAUCUCCUUUGCAAAAGAAGUUGGAGUUGGAGCAAUUGAAGGAAGAGCUUCGCAAGAAGCAAGAAAUGCUGGACCGGAAACGGAGCGACUUCAAGCGGCAGUUGGAUAAACUUGCAAAACAGGCUACUGGAGUCAAGGAUGAGGAUGUGGCCGAGCAAAUUUCAAAGAGACAGAAAGUCGAACUGGCUUCUGACCCAAACAAAGCAGCCACUCCACGAUCUGAUUCCGCUGUUCCAACUCCAAGGCCUUCUGAUGCUGAUAAUAUUGCUACUUCAUGCGAGGACAAAAUGGAUAAUAAAACCAAGUUGCCGGACAACAUUGUGCCUGGUAAAUCCGAUGCAAACUCGAUCAUGGGUUCACAGGAAUCUAGCUUGAAGCGGCAUUCUCGUCCUUUAGCACAUCUGGCGAUGCCUUUUUCCCCGAACAGAUACAAAUUGGACAACCGGCCUGCAACAUUUAGGAUCCUUCCGCCACUGCCCCCUGGUUUAGCAAAUGUUGCUGCCCUAAAAGAACACUUCUCAUCCUAUGGUGAUCUGACUGUUGUGGAGUUGGAAGAUACAGAAGCUCAUGGCGAUCCGAACAGAUCUGAGACAGUGAAGAGCUGCUGCGCUCGGGUAGGUUUCAGAGACCGGCAAACUGCUGAGAGGGCAUUCCUCAACUGUAAAUCCUGGGAAGGCCACUACCUGCAGUUUGUAUGGUUGGCUUCAACCCCCCAUGCGAAGGCCACUACUAAUCCUGGGGGCAGUGAAAAUUCCUCCUCAGCUACUAAGGAGCCCUUGGAUUCUGAUAUACAAUCCGUAGACAAAGCAGCUCCGACAUCUUCAGAGGAACCAGUAAAUGGGGAGUUUGAGCAUUCUGAAAGAGAGAAAUCGGAUGAUCGUGCCGAGCCAACUGAAGUUUCUCAAUCUGUGCCAACGUCAGCAUCUGGUGAAGAAGUGGAUUGAGUUCGGCCAGAGGCAAAACGUGAUGGUACUUUGUACAGUAAAGCAAAAUCAUAAGAUAUUAAAACUUGAAUUUCUUUUUCCUGAAAUCCUGCUCUAGGGUCCUGGAAUUUUCAUCUUCGUGUUGUUUAUUGAAGAAUGGGACGUGUAAUAGGCAAAUUUUGAUGUCGAUCCUGAUUCUGUCAACUGUUAUGUAGGCAAGUUUUCUGUUGAUUAGUUACGGGUACUCAGCAGGCAGAACGCUGUUCUUUGGCUUUCAAUGUUGAGACUACAUGAGGAAACUCUGGAAAGUUAAAUGCAAUGUCGAGAAAGAUCUUCCCCUGUUUUUGGGAAAUA